UGUCACAGUUUAACCGGAGCGCAGCCAAUUCGCUGGCGUCUUGUCUCUGAUGCAAUCAGAACACUAAAGACUCAAAUCAAACCAAAGAAAACGAGGAGCUAUAAUUCACCAAAGAGGAAUCUAUAGGAGGGAGUCAACAGAGGAGAUCUGUGAAGUUAUUUAGGUGCACCAGAAGCAGGGGUAGUGAGCCGGGUGAUCUGAGUGUUUCCUGACUUUGAUGCGACCCAAGUGUGCCUGGAGCAUGUCCACAGUGGGCCUGACUGCCCAGGAGAUCUCUUUUCCCAUAGAAAACCCCUUCCUGAGGGGCAGCUACUGUCACAGCAUGGCUGGAUCCCAACCCUCCUGGACCCAUCCCAAUGAGCUGGACAACUUCUACUUCAGUAUGGACACUGCACACUCAGAUCACAGCUAUCGCACCCAGCAUAAAGUGCCACCUCCACCGUCUUUAAGUUAUGAACGACAUAAACACAGUCCAAGCUCACAGAGAUUACCUCCAAAACAGUCCCGGCCCUCCCAUCUCUCCCUGUCUUGCAGCAUUGAACCCUCCACCCCAAGUCCUGCAGAUGACGAAGACCAGGUGGUCCCCUCGUUCCAGAGGCUCUCGGUGUGCAGCAGUCCUCCUCAGACGCCAGGCAGAUGCUCCAAACCUCUGCCCCCCAUCCCCCCGCACACGGACAUCUCCCAGGAGCAGGCGAUGGACAAUGAAGUAGAGUUUUUCACUAGCCCAGACGAAAGCCGCUGCCUGGUAUCUGAUCAGUGUUCCAAAUCGUCUCCUUUUCGUUAUGGAGUCCCCAGUCGAAGGAGCUGUGGCCAGAUUAACUACGCUUACUACGAUGGUCCAUUAGGGCCGCAAAGCCCGAGGCAACCCCCACAGCAGCAUCAGGCAUAUCCUCCUCAGGAAGUGCGAGAACAGUUUGAGCAGCAGCGACCUCAGGAACCACCUGAGCCUGUGGUCUGUCAGAGACAGCAGGACAAGGCUCAGAGGAGGCUCCGACGCUCGCACUCUGGCCCAGCUGGAUCCUUCAACAAGCCUUCGCUGCGCCUCACGUGCCACAAGCGCCAAACUCAAAGUAUGGAUAAGCCCGGGGUGCCACCUCCUAUCCCUCCACGAACAAUCAAGACAGGAGACAACCGCCGCUGGUCAGCAGAUGUCUCGUCUGGGGCUUAUAGCGAUGAGGACAAACCACCAAAGGUGCCUCCAAGGGAACCUUUGUCCAGAAGCAGCUCCCGCACACCCAGCCCCAAGAGCCUCCCAACAUACUUUAAUGGGGUGAUGCCCCCAACCCAAAGCUUUGCACCCAACCCUCGUUACGUGAGCUAUCGGGGUUUACAGAGACAGAACAGUGAAGGCUCCCCCUGCAUCUUCCCUGUUAUGGAGAACGGCAAGAAGGCCAGCACCACACAUUACUAUCUCAUGCCUCAGCGGACUGCUUUGGUGGACUCUCCUUGUGUAGAUAGAUUUAUCCGGGUCAAGGAUAGCCCUGCAGCUCGCAAUACAGAUGUAUCAGAUUCAAACUGGGACUGUCACACCAGAAGGAAAGCACAGGUGGAUUUAGUUUGAAAAGUUUUAGUGGAAGUAGCAGAGGACUCUACUGUACAUGAGCAAAAACCACUUGAAAAAAUUGUGAAACUGGACGCUAACAACCCUCAAACUGCUGCUUUUACUUAUUUUAUAUAUUUGUUUACCCCUAUGUAUUCUCAACACACAGGGUAUGUGUGCACUGUAUUCAGUUACUGGUACUGUUGAAAUCGCUAUCACAACUGAGAUACUUUAUGUACGAACUGUAUCUCUGACUAUAGAUUGUGGGCAAAAUUCAACAAUGUAGAGCUUAUUUUUUUAUAUGAUUUUUUUUUUUAAAUUUCAUGAUGUGGUACAGCCGGAAGGUACAAGCGGGCCUUGAACCUCGUGUGUUCAGUAUUUUCAGUGUCUGGAAGGUUGAGGAUGUUUUGUGAGGUGCAUUGACACUGCUUUUGAAUCUUACAAGGGACAAAAGGUCAGUAAUGUAAACGUGUAUGAUCAAUAUAUGAAGUCGAAAUACAAGGCCAAUUAAUUUUUUUUUUUUUUAACAAAAUGAAGGAUGCUAGCACACAAAUCUCUUUUUUGUUUGCUAUUAUAUAUCAACACUGAUAUGAUUUCCCUGCCUUGAUGAAGUUGCAGUCUUAAUCAGGCCUCUAUAUCUGUGUAAAUUGAUGUUUUCCACAUGGUACAUUUUGUACUAAGAGGUGGGUACAUUACUGGUAGCUACGCAUGUUUCCAUUGGAAUGUCUAGUGCAGCUUAUAUGGUGUAGUUGUCGGUUGAUGAAUGUGUCUGUUAGUGCUUGUAUGUGUUUGUGCAUGCGAACAGCAGUUGAAAAAGUGUUCUGGCGAGAAUUUUGGUAGAAAACUAUCAACCAUACUUGUUACAGUGCUCUGCUUUUUUGCAGCGCUCUAAAAGUGAUUGCUUGCUUUCAGUGUCCAGGUCUGUUUUGUUGCACAGAAAUGGGCCUGUUGAACAUUAAGUGAAUGUAUGCUAUACUUACUGAAAUUCCACCAAACACUUGGAGGAGCUUAUUGUUGGUCACGCUGUGAGUCAUUGCUUGGAACUAAUUUGCCUCAUAUACUACCUCCAUUUUAAUAUUAAUUCUAUAUUUCACAUAAUCUCCAUUUCUACAAAGAUAAAAUCAGAAAUUAUAAUUUAUAUAGAUGAGGUAACCAACUCAUUGUUGGACCUGACACCGUUUUAAUUCAGUUACACUUCAGUUAAGAGUAACAUAAAGUCAAUUCUAAUCGGAUAUCCUUAAAAAUAGAUUUUAGAUCACGCAGAGCUUAGAUCACAGAUGUUUGGCUAACUUGUUAAUACAGACACAUCACAAAGACAGUGCAGGGUUUACCUACCUGACACAGACUUUCCUGUUCUGCUCAUGCAUUCCUGCCUUACAUGAUUGCAGUGGGUGUGGUCUGAGAGACCUUGGCUGCUGGCAGCCUAGAAAAUAUAUGAAUUGUAUUGUUGUAGAUUGCUCAAGAAGCAUCCGGAUGAUAUAAUAAAUGUAGCAAAAUGUAUUGAAGUAACCCUUGGUAUCGAACAUGGUGGUCAGUUUGGGAAACGGAUAACUGCUAAGGUCAAACGGUCAUUAAAAUAUACUUUUUUUUUCUCCCUCCUGCUCACAAAACCUUGCCAACACAAUGUUGCAUUUGACUUAAAUUUCUGAAAAAAAUGUUUACAUACACUGAUACUAUUUAAUCUUAAGGUAUUCAUAUGUCUUAUUAGAAAUAAUAAAACUGAAUGAAGACUAGUUUAUUAAGACAUACCUUCUCUGCUGUGGUGAAGACAUGCACUGGGAGAGUACAGUAUACUGUGUACAGUAUUGAACAAUUCCAUUUGUUUUUAUGAAUAGUUGAAAAGCAUAUAGUUUUUGAAAAGAAAGCUAAAUAAAAUGACUUAUUUAUGAAA